ACCUCUGUUUCGAACCAAAAAAGCAGCAAAGUAAAUAACAAAGUUGUAAACAAGUGUCCAGUGGAAAGUGGAUCGUUAUCAAAGCACUCGGGUUUAACAACGGCCGCGAUGGAAAAGAAUACUUCUUUAUCUUUGUCACGCAAAAAGACUCUUCCCCGGAGCAAAAAGCUCCCUAAUGGGAUGCAAAAAUCUGGAAUCUCUGAUGAUAAACGGACCAAAAGGAGUGAAAAUUUGAUCAAAUGUAACAUCACCAUUGAUGGUGGCUUGAGCAAAGGCAAAAAUGAUCGGAAAAAGGAAAUGGAUGUGAUUUCGUUCACAUUCUCAUCCCCCAUCAAAGGCUUAUCAUCUGAUUCACUAUCUUCCUCCCAAGGAAUUGAUCAAGACACAGAAUCUGCAGUUAGUUUCAAAGUGAUUGGCGGCGAUUCCUUAAAUGUUUUGUUGGAGCAAAAGCUCAGAGAGCUGACUUCUAAGCUUGAGUCUUCUAGCUGUAGCCUGACCGAAGAAGAGUCUUCAUGGUCCAUUCCAAAGGAUGAGGUGAACGGGAUGAUUUCAUCUGCAUCAGAAUAUGAAAAGUCGACUCAAAACGGUCUGGAUAAAGUUUUAUCGGAGAGUGAAUCUGUUUCUGACUGCACUUCAUUCUAUGACAAACAAAAAUUCCAGAUACAAGCAGAAGAGCUCGAAGUUAGCAGCAUUAGCACUGUAACUGAAGCAGAUGAUCUCAGAAGCUCCUGCAGCAAGAGUUUCUUAGAUUGCAGACAGUCCGCAGAAUACGGGACAAUACAGUCCUCAUCAGACCAAGAACCCACCUGGUUUUCAUCAAAUGAGUCGCACCAAUUACAAGACGAGUCCGAGCUCUCAGAAUCUGUAAUAACACUGAGUUGUUCAGAAGGUGAAGAAAGGCUCGACUGGGAGCUUGGGUACAUAUCCGAGAUCCUCAGGUCUGACCAACUGUUGGUGAAAGAAUUUGCUCUGGGAAUGGCCACUGACAUUUUACCUGCGAGCCUCUUUGAUGAAAUGGAAGGCCGAGGAGAAGCAACAGCAGCCAAAAUCAACAGAAAGACACUGUUUGAUUUUGUCAAUAAGUGCUUAGCGCUCAAGUGCGAGCGGAUGUUUAUGGGUAGCUGCAAGGGGCUAUUAGGCAAGGGCGGGUUUUUGUUUGAACAAAGAGAUUGGUUAGCAGAAGAACUGAACAGAGAGAUUCAUGGGUUGAAGAAGAUGAGAGAGAUGAUGAUGGAUGAGCUUGUUGACAAAGAGAUGAGCAGUUUCGAAGGGAGAUGGCUUGAUUUCGAGAAAGAGACGUAUGAAGAAGGCAUUGACAUUGAGGGAGAGAUAGUAUCUACGUUAGUUGAUGAUUUAGUUAAUGAUCUUGUCUCAGGUACUCAAAGAAGAACAUGGAGGCAAAGGGAAGGGUUAGUUUCUGCUUUAGUAGAGCCCUGAUCUUCUCUCGGUAUUCUAGAUUCUUCUGGUGUUUGUUUUUAGAUGCUUCUUCUGAUAGUUUCUCUGACAUGAGAAUCGAGAUGAAGUGUAAGUAGCCGAUAUCGAGGAGCAUUCUCUCACACGAUGUAUAAUAUGAGCAUUCCUUCUUUUAUGUUUCCACUUUUAUUGAAUGAAAAAAAAAUGCAAAUAAUAGGAUAAUUCUCCUUC